CAAUAUAUGUUCAUCACAUCCUCCCAAUAACUUGAAAAUAAUGGAGAGCCAAACCAACAAAUACUUAGCCCUGAUUCUUGUUACAUUCUUGAUCAGUCUAUACUACCAUCCUAUCUCCGCCACACCACAACACGGCCAUGCCCAUUUCGUGCUGGUUCAUGGGGCCGGUCACGGCGCUUGGUGUUGGUAUAAACUCAUACCAAUAUUGAAAUCUCAAGGACACAACGUAACUGCAGUCGACUUAGCUGCAUCCGGGAUCGAUCUAAGUCGUGCUGAAACUCUCUUGUCGAUCAACGAGUAUAUUGAGCCACUGAUGGACCUAAUGAAUAGUCUAAACAUGGAUGAGAAGGUGAUUCUGGUGGCACAUAGUUUUGGUGGGCUUGCUAUUUCCAAGGCCAUGGAGUUAUUCCAUGAUAAGGUUCAUAUGGCUAUUUUCGUUACUGCCCUAAUGCCUGGCCCAACCUUCAAUUUCACGUUUCUUUCUAAAGGGUUGGUGAGGUGGCAAGCUCCACUACUAGACAUGAAGUUUAUAUUUGGAGAUGGGCCUAAUAAACCACCUACACUUUCCAUUGGAGGCCCACUUUUCCUUUCAUUAAAUAUGUAUGACCUGAGUCCUAGAGAGGACGUUGAAUUGGCGGGUGCAUUGGUUCGUCCACAACGUUUAUUCAGCAACGAAGAUACAGACACAAGUCUUGUGCUCACACGCGAGAGAUACGGAUCGGUAAACCGGAUCUUUGUAGUGUCCGAGAAAGACAAAACAUUGAUGAAAGAGUUCCAGCUCUGGAUGAUCAAGAACAAUCCUCCUAACCACGUGGAGCAUAUUCAGGAUUCUGAUCAUAUGGUCAUGAUUUCCAAGCCGUUGGAUCUUGGUGACCGUCUUUUAUCUUUGGCUAAGAAGUUGGCUUGAAAUUUUUUUUUUCUUUUGAGAAAUUGCUUGAAAAUAUUUGACAUUUGAUUCAACAUGUUGUUGCGAGCCCUAAUCGUUGGUUAUCAAGUCUACUAUUCUUAUGUUGCACAAGCCAUCAUGGUGUGAGUAUUUAUAUUUUCGUGUGAUCAUCACUCUGUAUUUGGUUUGACUUUUCAACAUUUGCAACUCCAACUAAAUUAUUUCAU